AUGGCACGCAUUCCCCCGGCGGUUUUGCGCAGGUAUCUCUUCGCAGCCCAGCUUCCGUCUCGUGGAUGUCUGAGACAGAGGCAUGCCCGGCAGACCAUAUCAUCUGUGUACUCCCAGAGAAAUCAUACCACACAAGCAACCACAGAUCCGACCCUCGCAGACCCUGAUCCCCCAGUCGCAUUCCGAAAGCAAUUGAAAGACGAGGCCAGAAAGCGCAAGGCUGAUGGCGGGAAGAAAUCGGACAAGCACAAUCAGUCUCUAGACGAGUGGGAGUUGACAGUGGGAAUCGAAAUACACGCCCAGCUCAACACCGAACGAAAGCUCUUCUCGUCUGCCGCAUCCACCAUCAACGAUGUACCGAAUACCCACGUCGCACUCUUCGAUGUGGCCAUGCCCGGCUCCCAGCCUACCUUCCAGAAGGAAACUCUCAUACCCGCUCUGCGAGCCGCACUCGCUUUGAACUGCGACGUACAGAAAACGAGUCGAUUCGAUCGAAAGCAUUACUUUCAUUGGGAUCAGCCGUCCGGGUACCAGAUCACGCAGUACUACGAGCCGUUCGCGAAAGAUGGACACAUCACGCUGUAUGCACACGAUGGCAUUGCAAAGGAGGAUGGGGAGCAGAUCCGGAUCGGUAUCAAGCAAGUACAGCUGGAGCAAGACACGGCAAAGACCAUCUCACAGCCUGGAGAUAUACAUUUGCUGGACUUCAACAGAGUAGGGCUACCCUUGAUCGAGAUUAUCACAUUGCCUCAGAUACACCAUCCGAGCACGGCUGCUGCGCUGGUCCGCAAGGUGCAGAUACUACUGAGUGCAGUGGAUGCUUGUGUUCUGGGUAUGCAAUCCGGUGGCCUCCGAGCCGAUGUGAAUGUCUCCGUACGGAGACGUAAUUCGGAGGAACCGCAUGAAUACGCUGGCGUCAAAGGGCUUGGCCAGAGGACCGAGAUUAAGAAUCUGAGCAGCUUCAAAGCAGUCGAGGAUGCCAUCACUGCGGAGCGGGAUCGACAAAUCGCCGUCCUCGAACAUGGAGGUGUCAUCGAAGGGGAGACCCGAGGAUGGACAAUCGGGAGCACCGAGACCAAGCGUCUACGAGGAAAGGAAGGAGAAGUCGACUACCGCUACAUGCCAGAUCCAGAUCUCGGUCCUGUGGUCAUCGGGCAAGAUCUCCUCGAUCACCUCGGAGCCACACUAGGCGUUCUCCCAGACGAAGAGAUCAAUAUCCUUGUCGAGCAAUACGGCCUCACAGUCAAAGACGCAAUGUCGAUGGUCUCACUCAACGACGGCGGCCGAGUAGAAUAUUUCCGCAACCUAGUAGAAGAAUAUAUUCAACCUGGCGAAGACAUGAAGGUCGUGGGCCGCUUCUGCGGCAACUGGGUUCUGCAUGAAAUGGGUGGCCUCAUGCACCCCACCUCCGCUGAAGAAAAUCCCCUUCGCAUGACCAACGAGGGCUCCUGCAUCAUCCCGCAUGCCAGCCUCGCACAACUCCUCCGCUAUCUAGAUGGCAAAAUGAUAACAGGCAAGACUGCUAAGCACGUCUUGUCCCAGCUCUUCCUGAACGGGCUCAAGGGCAACGACGAGAGUGCGUCUGCGGUCAUUGAAAGGGAAGGCUUGUGGUUCAAGGCAAUGUCGGAUGAAGAGUUGGAGGAGAUGGCCAAGAGCGUACUGGAUCAGAAGAUCGUGGGCGAAAUCUUGGCGGGAAAGACGGGCAAGAUUAACUUCCUGCUGGGCAAGAUGAUGCGGCUGGAUGAGGAUGGGCGGGUGGAUGCCCAGCAGGCUAUUGCCAUGUUGCAGAAAGUUAUUGAGCAGCACAGGGAGGAGGCAUGA